AUGGCCUUGCCGCGAGAGUCUGCGUUUUUACCAACCAUCAAGUGCUCACAAUGUGGAAAUGAGGUGGAAAUCUCCAUGAUGGGAGAGCACCUGUGUGAUGCACCGGAAAUCCCAGAACUGUCGCCUCCGCUCGAGGCCCAGGAGACAUUCGGAAGCGCAUACCAAGCCACGCGCAACAAGUACUUACGAACACCACCUCCAGUAGAUACUGGAGCCGCAAAUCGAUAUCUGAGCCAAGGCCAGCUCACACCAGUGAGCCACUCCGGAAGCUCCCGCAACACAUCUCCCAAAACGCCAAGCAGGCGCUCGGGGGCCAGUAGAAGAUACAACGACGACUAUGCUCCGGCAAUUGCCAACCCAGAUGACGGCCAGCGAUCCCCUCGCGGCUAUGGUCGUCGACCUGGAGGUUACGGAGGCUUCGGGAGCCAGACACCAGAACCAGAGAGCAUCGAGACGUCAGAGUCAGCUGAAAAGGAAACCCCGGCGCCGUCGCUCUUUCAGCGUAUGGGUGAGCUCGCUGGCGGCUACGGAGGAUUCGGCCCUCGACUAGUUGAGCCACCUGCCGAGCCAUCUGUCGAGCCGGUGAAGCCUCUUGAAAAGGAGCCGGAGCCGGAGGUAGCCAAAGAGACACCCGGAUUUCUGCAACGUAUAAAUGAUCUUGCUGGCGCUGCAUUCGAUGCUGGCCGUCGACCUUCUGCGCCCAACAAAGCCGCAUUCCCCCAAAGGAAAGACUCCUUAGAUCAUUGGGACCCUCCGCCUGAUCUGACGGUGACUGCCAACGACCAGCUCAAGCCCGUGCGGCAGAAUGGCUAUGGAGGCUUUGAUGAACCAGCACCUACUGACAAUGGCGCCCGGGGCAUGACACGUGCAGAGACGUUUCCGCGCCCUGCGUACCCCAACGCUGCGUUGGAACGUCGGCCAUCAGGUCCCGGGGCGCCGUCUGACAUCAACCGCCAUCCGUCGGCACCUCUGCCGCGCAACGGUGAUGUGAAUCGCAGACCGUCCAUGCGCCCCGACACCUCGCGACGUCCGCCACCUCGCACAAGUCUCAUCAAGCACAGCGGCAGCACCUCCUCUGUCGACCUCGACAAGGAGUUUGGCGUCCGUAACCCCUACCACACACCUAACGACUCCAUGUCGUCGGGCUACUCGUCGCAUAGCGAGCACAGCAUUAGACCCGUCAAGAAUGACCCGGAGCGCACCAUGGAGCGGAAACCCUCGGAUCCGUCAGAUCGAUCCCGACGACCCCUGCAACCUCCAAUGUCCGAGAGCAACGCGAUGCCGCUGCGUCGCGAGAAUGCGCGCCCCGAACUUCGCAUCGACCCUGCCAUCCAGGCGCCUCUGCGCGGCCCCGGACGGUUCGUAGAGUCGCCUUACAGCGCGUCUCCUCGGGACGACCGCUAUGACCCGGCCAUUCAGUCGGGUCUUCCCGCCGCCGGCCGCGGUCUCGGCGCUGGUGGCUACGGCGCGAACAUCAAUUCCCGAUCCGAUCGCCACGGCGCCGCGAGACCGCCACCGCCGUCGGCACCCAUUCGCCAGGGGUCGCGCGAUCCUCUACACGCGCCCUCGCGCGGCGACUGCAAGGCGUGCCGUCUGCCCAUCACAGGCAAGAGCAUCUCGUCGGCCGACGGCCGCCUAACGGGCAAGUACCACAAGGCGUGCUUCGUGUGCACGACGUGCACGCGGCCGUUCACGUCGGCCGAGUUCUACGUCCACCGCGAUAGGCCGUACUGUGAGAUCCACUACCACAAGCUCAACGGCAGCCUGUGCGGCGCCUGCGACCGUGGCAUCGAGGGCCAGUACGCCGAGGACGAGGCCCGCGUCAAAUACCACGUCGGCUGCUUCCGCUGCCUCGACUGCGGCGUCUCGCUCGAGGACGGCUACUUUGAGGUCGACGGCAAGUCGUACUGCGAGCGCGACGCCAGGCGCCGCAUGGAGAGCGAAACGUCGUCGUCGCUACCGCCACCGCCGCCAAUGCCUGUCGAGGCCGACUACAGCCAGCCGCUGCCGUCGCCGAACGGGACAGCCGUGAACACCAAUGGUACCAGAGGACUGGCGAGUCGUGGCGUGGGCGCUGGCAUGGAGAGGGGUCCGUACGGCGUGGCUCCGGGGAGUCGUGGCCGCAUGAACAAGCGCAUGACACGCAUCGGCAUGAUGUAA